AUGACAGAUAUCGCAGAAAGUACCGCCCACCCACGUGAUGGCGUGCCGCCAUCGCAGCAAACGACCGCCAGCGUCGCCUCUGCCGCUCUCGCCACUGCCACUGCUUCUGCGUCUCCUACAACCGGCUCUGCCACAAGCACAGCCGCUCCAGGGAAACGCAGCAGAUCCUCAAGCACCGGCUCCGCCAAAGGAAGUAUCGGCGGCAAAAAGGCCACAAGGGCAUGUGACCAAUGUAGGAAACGUAAAAUCAAAUGCGACUACGACAACGACAAAAACGUCUGUUCUAGCUGCAACAGAAACGGCGACAGAUGCCAAUUCAACCGUGUCCAACUCAAACGUGGUCCCUCAAAGGGAUUCAACCGUAAUAAUAGCACCAGCAGUGCCGCUGGUGCAAGCACUACUAGCAGUACACAUCAAACUUUUAAUGCAAACGCCAGUGGCAAUACUAAUAGUAGUAACAACAACAACCACAACAACAACAACAACAACUCGGUGCUACUCCCGCCGAUUACUCAAUAUUUUCAAGGCAACGAACAAAAUCAUGACCAACAGUUUUGGAAAGUACCAGUAGACCUGGCUGGCCACCUCUCCCCACACCAUUCCCAGUCACACUUGCAUCGUGACUCAGUCGACUCGGCCACCAGUAAUAAUUCAAAUCUAAAUAUAAACGGCAUCAACAUCGUCGAUAAUUCAACUACUAACUCACAAUCAGGAGGUUACUUCCCAGUUAGUGCAUGUCGCAGCAGAGCCUCAUCGGUGCCUUCUUUCCCAAGAAAACCACCCAUGCAAAUACAACCACCAAUGACUUCAAUGUACGCUUCUUCUCUAGGUGGAGGAACACCUGCCACGGGCGCUAUUGGCGCAUCGAACACAGCUGUUUCUGGCGCCACUGUCCCGGGAACUUCCUCUAAACGCAGAAAGUCAGUCGUAUCAUCAAACGAAUCUCCACGUACCUCCAGGGCUUCUUUGCUUCCCAGACCAGACUUCGCCGUCGUCAAUUUGGUUCCAGUUCCACAAAACGUCGUCACUCCUGCCUCGUCUCUACCCGCUGUUCCAUCUGGACCUCUUCCUUCUACCGGAGUAGGUGUCGGGGGUUCAACUGGACAAGUAAGGCUAACAGAUCUGGACUUGAUCAAUACAUAUUACGAAUUCGUUCAUUUGAACUUCCCAGUGAUCCCAAUCAAUAAAAAAGCAUUGACAAGCGACAUCCUCGUAAUCAACACUUCUAUCGAGGAGCUUAACGAUUUGGUCAUAGUUUGGUUUCGUAACUCCCUGGAGUUGUUAGUAACCGUCUCUUUGGAACAACCACAAACUCAAUCUACUCAUGCCUAUACUGAAAGUCUUAACAGUUGCUUCCAAAAUGUAGUCAACCUUUACCCACGUUUGAAACAAAAUAAUGGUAUAGACCCUAAGGUAAAAAUCGUCUAUCUUUGUACAUUUUUGAUCCUUAUCUACGUGCUAUUCUUUCUGGGUCAACAUAACUCGUUUAUCAUUUCUGUAUCGGUCACAAUAUUUAACAAUUUUGGUCUUUAUGGGAAACUUCUAUCAUUGAAUACAUCGUCACCAGAUUCAUCGUCACCUUACGAUAUCAUAUUUGUUCGGUUGUACCUGUUACUAGUGACUUUUGAUUCUUCAUAUUCUAUGGCCUUGGGUACCCCAAAAUUACUAAAUUUAGAGAUCAAUGGCCUUGUUGACAAAUUUUUCAAUCUGAAAUCUCAAAAUGAACAUUUGUUUAUUGAUGAAAAUUUGAUUAAGGUCAACUGCAUUUUGAAAAAUCUGGAAUUAGGAGAAUAUAUCUGUAACGCAUCACAUAUGAAAGAUUCGUCUGAUGCAAUGAAGGUGAUUAAAUCUACAUACAUGUCCAAGAAACACCAAUCCAAGAAAGCAGAUCAUUCUUCCUCAGUUUCUCCGAUGUUUAUCUCUGAGUGGUUCCAGAAAUUUCUGGUUGAUAAGAAAAAUUUAAUUUCAUUAUUACUGGAUUACCAAUUGAGAAUCAAUGACAUUACUCCUCUACAGCUGUCAAAACUGUACGUGGAUUUAACAAAUUCAUUGUGUGCCUUAAUUACUGUCAUUUUGGAAAUAUUAAAGUUAAUGAUGAAAUUAAACCCUACAAAUUCGAUAGAUUACAAUUAUCGUCCAUUACAGCAUUUUGAUAUUGAUAAACCGCCAAGUGGUGGCGGUGGGUCAAGCUCUACUAACACAUCAUCUAAUCCGUAUUCCAAUCCUAAUUCCAACGAAUUUUAUCAGAAAUUACUUGGAUUAUCAAGCGAUCGGAAUACUAAUCUUGCAGACAUGACAAGAGGAUGUAUCACACCAUUUGCAAUCAUUACGAUCAACGAGCUGUUCAACGUUACUGAAUUAAUCAAGAACAUUCCUUCUUCGUUGAUCAGCGUUGUUAUGGAGUCGACAAAAGAAGAAAAGGAAAACACGAUUAACCCACAAGACCUGGUACUGAAACUUUCCAAUUCGAUGAAUGAAAUUGUUCAAAUUACGAGUUUAUUAACCAUGGUAAAGCCAUACAAGGGAAUAGAUUCGAGUUAUCCAAGAUGGCAAAAAUUUUCCAAACGUAGUGGACCAAUACCAUCAAUGGCACCAAGCAACACUGCGACAAGCACUAUACAAGAUUUCUCGGAAUACAACAUGACAAGAUCACCCUCAUUGGGAUCAUCCGCAUACAGCAAUAACCCACAUUCUCAACAUUCAGAUCACAAUUUUAACGAAACUAAUGAUUAUAAUGACAAUAUUUCAAUUUUCAAGAAAAUAUAUUAUGAAAAUAAUAAUAUUCAAAAUAAUACAACCCCUCAAAACGAAGUUCUGCAAAGUUACAUCGACACAGCAUGGAGAUUACUAGACGAUUCAGAGUUAGGAUGGUUAUAA